AUGAACGAAGAAGGUAACGUCUGCGUAACUGGAAGGAUUAAAGAACUUAUUAUAAGAGGUGGUGAAAAUAUAUAUCCUCAAGAAAUUGAAAAUCUUCUUCUUACACAUCCCGCAGUAUUCGAAGUUUAUGUUGUAGGAGUUCCAGACGUAAGAAUGGGAGAAGAGAUUUGUGCUUGCAUUCAACUAAAACCUAACCAAAAAAUUACAGAAAACGAUGUUAAAGAAUACUGUAAAGACAAGAUAAGUCAUUUCAAAAUUCCAAAACAUAUCGUAUUCCUCGAAGGAUUUCCAAAAACGGAAAGCGGAAAAAUUCAAAAAUUUAAAUUACAAGAACAGUGUACAANCUUAUAUAUAUAUAUAUAUAUAUAUAUAUGGUGA